AUGAAGUUACCAAAGGUUUUCUUGAUUCUAGUUGUUGUCAUGGCUCUAGUUAUUAGCAUUGCUGCAUUGCCACUCAAAGAAGAGCAAGAACAAGAAGAUGACGAUAUGGAUUAUGAACUGAUCGAACGAUCUGAUGAAACAACCGAUAUUAGUUCUGAACAUGGAUUUGGUUGCAUUCUUGCUCAAAAGAAAAGAAAAACUCGUCGUAUGACUUGUAACAAGUUUCCUAGGAUUUGCCAUGCUAAGGGAAGUCCAGGGCCUUAUUGUUGCAAGAAGAAGUGCGUUAAUGUUUUGACUGAUCGCUUUAACUGUGGAGCCUGUGGGAAGAAGUGCAAAUACAAUCAGAUAUGCUGCAAUGGCAAAUGUGUGAACCCUUCCUUCAAUAGGAGACACUGUGGGGGUUGCAACAAUAGGUGCAAAAAUGGAAGCUUUUGUGCUUUUGGUCUCUGCAAUUAUGCUUAG